CUUUGCUUGUCAAGGCCUCUAUAAAGCAAGCUGAGGAAGUUCGGUUCACUUUAUAUUCUGCCUUGUGUUUUAGAAGUUUUUCUUUGAAGUUCUCUUCUGUUUAUCGUAUUUUUGCUGCUUUUUCUUAAUUUCUUUGGAUUUUAAAAUGAGAUUUUAGGUCACAUGUAGGAGGAAACGUUUUGGAUUUUUGUGUUGAAGAGGUGCAUUUUGAAAACAACUAUAUCAUGGGGUUGGAAGAUACCGUAAUACGGAGUGAAGAACAUCUAUGAGAAAUAAUGCAUGUGCCGCUUCCCUCUGGGAUAUAAAAUGGAAGAGCUUAUUUAGGACCGCUCUGUCAAUGAUGAAAGCAGUGCCAAUGAAUGAAUUCUUACGCAUUCAAAACACGUGUUUCGGAUUGGAACUACAUAAAAGGAGAAGUUAGCUCUCAGCACAGAACUAAAAGAAGGAAAAUCAUGUCUACUACGUUCAAGGAAGAAGGAGCCCAGCGUACUUGAGACAUCAGAAACAAAAGAAUAUGCUACUGUAUUUGAAGACUCUGACAUUUGCUUUGUCUGUAUAGAGGAUAAAGGAAUUUUACAUGUUCAACAUAAUGAAAUCCCUGUGUGAAUGUGGGAUUUUUACGUUCAUUUGACUAACCGAAGAUGUUUUAAAAAUGAAUGAAUUGGGGCACUGCUUUUUCAAGGAAACAAGAUUUGGAUUUUCAAAGCUUAUUGUACUCUCAAGAUAAAUGCAGCUGUUGUAGUUUGCUCUGCUUGUGCAGGAGAUCAGUUUGACCAAAGUAAGGAGAAAAUAUGAAUUGAUUGCUUUUGGCAUAUUGUUCGUGCUUGCAUUCCUAGGUGUUUAACCUGUACACACAUGUGUGAGAGAGCAAAAACAUCUCCAUACUGGAACCUAGAUUCUCAAUAGACUUGAAUAUGUUGUGACAGUGUCAAUAAGGAAGCAGAUUAAAGUGUGUGUAUAUAAGCGAUCAGAGGCACUGACUGUUACCCUUCAUGAUAGAGGAAGCUAAUUUUUCUUUAUAUGCAAAGAAGAAAUAUUGAAAAUAAGAGAGAAAACAGCACAAGUGAGGAACAGGAGAGUAUUGAAAGAUUUUGAUAACCUAGAGUUGCUGAGAGUUGAAAAUAUGGAUGAUUCGAGCAUUCUACGAAGGAGGGGGUUACAGAAGGAACUUAGUCUCCCUAGAAGAGGAAGUUUUUGUAGGACCAGUAAUAGAAAGAGCUUGAUCGUAACCUCCAGCACAUCUCCAACACUUCCUCGACCACAUUCUCCACUCCAUGGCCAUGCAGGUGGAAGUCCGUUGGACAGUCCCAGAAAUUUCUCCCCAAAUGCACCCUCUCACUUUUCCUUCGUUCCUGCCCGUAGCCAUGGACACAGGGCAGACAGGACAGAUGGGCGUCGUUGGUCCCUGGCCUCCCUCCCCUCAUCUGGAUAUGGAACAAACACUCCCAGUUCAACAGUUUCAUCAUCAUGUUCAUCUCAGGAGAAGCUGCACCAACUGCCUUAUCAGCCAACACCAGAUGAACUCCAUUUCUUGACAAAGCACUUCAGCACAGAGAGCAUCACUGAUGAGGAAGGGCGGCAUUCUCCAGCAAUGCGCCCCCGAUCUCGCAGCCUCAGUCCUGGCCGUUCUCCUGUGUCCUUUGAUAGUGAAAUAGUAAUGAUGAACCAUGUAUACAAAGAAAGAUUUCCAAAGGCCACAGCCCAGAUGGAGGAACGGCUGGCUGAGUUUAUUGCAUCCAGCGCACCAGAGAAUGUGCUACAGCUAGCAGAUGGGGUCCUAAGUUUCAUUCACCAUCAAGUUAUUGAAUUAGCCAGAGACUGCUUGGAUAAAUCACGUGAAGGACUUAUUACUUCUCGGUACUUUUAUGAGUUGCAGGAAAACCUUGAGAAGCUCCUACAAGAUGCUCACGAGCGCUCAGAGAGCUCAGAAGUGGCAUUUGUUACCCAGUUGGUGAAGAAGUUGAUGAUAAUCAUUGCACGGCCAGCACGAUUGCUAGAAUGUCUGGAGUUUGAUCCUGAAGAGUUCUACCAUCUGCUAGAAGCUGCUGAAGGCCAUGCCAAGGAAGGAGAAGGAAUUAAAUGUGACAUCCCUCGUUAUAUUAUUUGCCAGCUGGGACUCACCAGGGAUCCCCUGGAGGAAAUGGCCCAGCUGAACAGCUUUGAUAGUCCAGACACUCCAGAGACAGAUGAUUCUACUGAGGGAAAGAGUCGGGGAGCCACUGUGCAAGCCAAGAAAACUCCAUCUGAAGAGGAAUUUGAAACAAUUAAGCUAAUCAGCAAUGGUGCAUAUGGUGCAGUGUUCUUGGUGCGCCACAGAACUACCCGUCAGCGCUUUGCCAUGAAGAAGAUCAAUAAGCAGAAUCUCAUUUUGAGGAACCAAAUUCAACAAGCUUUUGUGGAAAGAGACAUACUAACAUUUGCAGAGAAUCCCUUUGUUGUGAGCAUGUUCUGCUCUUUCGAAACCAAGAGGCAUCUAUGCAUGGUUAUGGAGUAUGUGGAAGGGGGUGAUUGUGCAACUCUCUUGAAGAAUAUUGGAGCUUUACCUGUUGAUAUGGCAAGAAUGUAUUUUGCAGAAACUGUUCUGGCACUGGAAUAUCUCCACAAUUAUGGCAUCGUCCACCGUGACCUAAAGCCUGACAAUCUUCUCAUAACAUCGAUGGGUCACAUCAAGCUGACAGACUUCGGCCUCUCUAAAAUUGGCUUAAUGAGCUUGACAACCAACCUAUAUGAAGGACACAUUGAGAAAGAUGCCAGAGAAUUCUUGGAUAAGCAGGUGUGUGGGACUCCAGAAUACAUUGCUCCAGAAGUGAUCUUGCGGCAGGGUUAUGGAAAGCCUGUGGAUUGGUGGGCCAUGGGAGUAAUCUUGUAUGAGUUUCUAGUUGGCUGCGUUCCUUUUUUUGGCGACACACCGGAAGAAUUAUUUGGACAAGUUAUCCAUGAUGAAAUUGCUUGGCCAGAAGGAGAUGAUGCUUUACCACUAGAUGCGCAGGACCUCAUCGGUAAACUUCUCCGACAAAAUCCUAUGGAAAGGCUGGGAACAGGGAGUGCUUUUGAGGUGAAGCAACACAGAUUCUUCAAGGAUUUGGACUGGAAUGGAUUACUCCGACAAAAGGCAGAAUUUAUUCCACAGUUAGAAUCGGAAGAUGACACAAGCUACUUUGACACUCGCACCGAGCGAUAUCAGCAUUUAGAUUCUGAGGAAGAGGAUGACACGAAUGACGAUGAUCAUGUGGAACUUAGGCAGUUUUCCUCAUGUUCACCAAGGUUUAGCAAGGUGUACAGCAGUAUGGAACGUCUUUCCAUCCAUGAAGAGAGGAAAACGCCGCCGCCUACCAAGCGUAGCCUGAGUGAGGAAAAAGAUGACAGACUAGAAAGCCUUGGCCUGAAGUGUCGAGACCGCAGCUGGGUGAUUGGGUCUCCUGAAAUACUGCGUAAACAUCUCUCAGUGUCUGAAUCCUCUCACACAGAGAGUGACUCCAGUCCACCUCUGACUGUCCGCCGGCGAUGCUCUGGGCUUCUAGACAUGCCCCGCUUUGCCAUUUCAGCUGAGGAAGAAGGUAAAAAGAAACAGCUGGAUGGGACGCAGCCACGGGAAAGCCACCCUCUUCCAAUUCCAGAACAACCUGUGGAGCGAGAACUACAACUGGAUGAUGAGGAUGGGUUAAAAACACCCUCUUCAACUGUCAGUAAUAUAAGCAGCUCAACACUGACAGCUGGAAGCACUACAGACUUCUCUGAUCAGUGCACUCGCAGUAAUAGCAACGAGGGCCCAGAGUUUACUACUCCUAAAGCCACAAGUGACUUGGCAGUGCGGCGAGCCCGACAUAGGCUACUCUCUGGGGAGUCUGGGGAAAAACGGACCACACGUCCUGUUAAUAAAGUGAUUAAGUCAGCAUCGGCCACAGCCCUCUCUCUCCUAAUUCCUUCAGAGCACCAUACGUGUUCUCCAUUGGCCAGUCCAAUGUCACCUCAUUCUCUCUCCUCCAAUCCAUCUUCAAGAGACUCAUCUCCAAGUCGGGACUUUUCUCCUGCUGUCAUGAAUCCCAAACCACCAAUCAUCAUCCACCGAGCUGGGAAGAAAUACGGCUUCACACUUCGUGCUAUUAGAGUCUACAUGGGGAACAGUGAUGUCUACACAGUGCAACACAUGGUCUGGCAUGUAGAAGAAGGUGGCCCUGCAAGUGAGGCUGGUCUGAGAGAAGGGGACUUGAUAACCCAUGUGAAUGGAGAGCCUGUACAUGGACUGGUUCAUACUGAAGUGGUGGAGUUGGUCUUGAAGAGUGGAAAUAAAGUGUCCAUAUCUACUACACCUUUUGAGAACACAUCAAUUAAAGUGGGGCCAGCUCGGAAGGCCAGCUAUAAAUCAAAGAUGGCAAGGAGGAACAAGAAGAGCAAAACAAAAGAUGGACAGGAAAGUAAGAAGAAGAGCUCUCUGUUCAGGAAGAUUACCAAGCAGGCUUCUCUGCUUCACACCAGCAGGAGUUUGUCUUCUCUCAACCGUUCUCUGUCAUCUGGAGAGAGUGUUCCUGGUUCACCUACUCACAACCUCUCCCCUCGUUCACCAACACAAAGUUACCGAUCUACUCCUGAGUCUGCACAUUCAGUUGGUGGAAACUCUUCUCAGAGCAGUUCACCCAGUUCGAGUGUUCCCAACUCCCCUGCUAGUUCGGGACAUAUCCGACCCAGCUCUUUGCAUGGACUAGCACCAAAGCUUCAACGGCAAUAUCGAUCUCCACGACGUAAAUCUGCAGGGAACAUUCCUCUCUCGCCACUAGCUCACACUCCCUCGCCAACCCCACAGUCUACGUCGCCUCAGCGCUCCCCUUCUCCUUUGCCAGGGCAUUCAGUUGGCAGUUCAGGCAUCAUGCAAUCAUUUCCUGUCAAGUUACACUCCUCCCCACCUCUUGUCCGACAGAUUUCAAGGCCCAAGAGUGCUGAGCCACCAAGAUCCCCUUUGCUGAAGAGAGUCCAGUCAGCUGAAAAACUUACCUCCUCUCUCUCUUCAGAAAAAAAGAUGUCGUCUUCGCGCAAGCAUAGCUUGGACAUCUCCCAUUCAGAAUUCAAAAAGGAGAUGCUCCAGAGAGAUCCUGGCCUCCAAAGUUGGCAGGAAUCCAUGAGUGAAACAACUGGAGGCAAAGUUGGACUUGCAGAAAAAGGGACCCUGCAGAAACCUCCUUCCAGAAAACUGGGACCUAUUCGGCAUGAUAGGGUGGAGCGAAGGGAGUCUCUACAGAAGCAGGAGGCCAUCACAGAAGUAGAUUCUUCUGAAGAUGAAACUGACGAAGGAUCAGAAGAUAGUCAAGAUGGGAAGAAAAUGGACAGGCCAGCCUUCAAUAGAGACCACCAAGUUUCUGAUCCUUUCUCCGAGGAUAUGAAGGUUUCUUCCAAGUUGGAAAGCAAAGACAGUAUGGAGGAUGAUGCGUUUCUUCCUGAGGAACCAAAAACUGUCAGUUUGCAGAAAGGGGCGGAUCAACACCAACCAAAGGAUGUUGCAAGGACACCACUGGCCGGUAUAGAUGAGUCACAAUCUGAAGUUUGUGUGAGAACUUCUCCUAUUGAAAAAUUUGGUGACUGUGAAGCAGUUAAGCUAACAGAUUCUGAAACCCAAUUAGGGUCAGGACAAGGCAAUACUCUCAGACUUGUUAAUCAGAAAUGUGCCUGUUUCGAAGAUGCUGAGGACCCUAAACAAACUCUGAUUAUCCAGGAAAGCAUAGACUGCCCAGAGCAGGUGAAGUGCCUACCAGUGAGAUAUCUGCAGCUCGGUCAAGGUGACUGUUCAGGGCUGGCAAGUGGCAAAGAUAACCUGAAGGAAUUUGCUUCUACAGAAACUACUUAUAUGUUGUCUCAUGAUAUUAUGCCUUUGUUAGCACUUUCUUCUUCUACUUGCACAACUAGCACAAGCUCUCUUCCACUAAUAAGCCAAAUGGACUGCAAAGAUGCACCUCAGAAACAGGAAGCCCAGUCUGUCAAGGAAAGCACCAGUAUUCCGAACCUGACAAGCAGUGGCAAAACAUCUUCACAAAGGUCUCCUGAUGCCGAAGAAUCACAAGGUUUGUCAUCUGCCACAUUAGUUUCAAAACACAAAAUUCAUACAAGUGAUACAAACUUAAGUUGUCCUAUAGGAAGACCAAGUCUCACACUUGAUGCAGCAGCUGAAAAUGGAAAAUCAGUUUGCCCAGCUCCUUUAGCAAUAGGUGCAAAAGGCAUGUUGGGCCCAGGAAAUAUUAACGUAUCUGGCUCAAGAGAACUAGAAAGAACAAGGGAAGAGUUCCCCCCGAAGGAACUGUUUCAUAUGAAAGAGAGUAUGCCAAAGGAAGAAAUGCAGGAAACACUAAAGGAAGGCCCAGGCCCAGUAACAGCCAAACCUUUCAGCAUAGGUAGUCUCAUUAAAAUAUGUGGUUCCCAUAUUGGGUCCGAAAGCCUAUCAGAGUCUUUGGAGCCAGAGUGUUCAGUGGGAGCAAAAGAGAAGCCAGGGACUGGUAAUUCUAAGGUACCUGAAAUUUUGGAGGACAGGUGGCAAUUGCCUCCACCUGAAAAACAGGCAGAUGGCACAGCAAGGCAGGGCACAGGGGUUUCAUCUGGACCAGAUUCUAGCCAGAAUUCCAAAAAGGAAACUGCUCUGAUGCCAGGAGAAAUCGGAGAGGCUGGAGGUCAAUCACAAACAAGAGACUUCCUGUUGUCAGAUGGUGACGUCGUGAAGAAAACAUAGCAACAUAUCUACAUUCAGAAGCAAAGACAACAUUAGUAGAACACAAAUAUAAAACACAAAACUUGUGCAACUUUUUUUGUUGAUUUGUGUUUUCACACUCUUGCCUUUUUCAUUCUUGCAAUUCUAUUUUUGUACUCAGCGUUUGAUGCCUCUUAGCAGGGUAUCUUUAAAGCAAGAUUAAAAAAAUGAUUUCCAAACUCCGCCCCCCCCCAACAUUUUUGGCCCUAAAUUUGAAGCAUUCUGUUAAAUAUCUAUUUUCUUUCAAAAUUCCAGGGAAUUACAUUUGCCAAAUUAGACCGCUCACUUGGAAAUGGCACAUUUUGAGCACAAAUUCCAAAUUUUAGUCCUUGUUUCCAAAAUUUUAGGUCAUGUCUUUUAAGUUGGCAAGGAUUAAAAUAAACACUUUUGAUGGCAGACUGUUCUGAAUCAUUAUGCCACCUCACAUAUUUUCUUACAUAUCAUAGACGUCCAAUUUAUGUAUAUCUGUGAGGAAACCUUGUGUCAGCUUGUGCAAUGGGGCAAUACCCUCCUUUUAAAAAGAACGUUAAGCAAAACAGCAAAAUAAAAUCUUUAGUUUAUCUUUGUUUUUGUUUUUAAAAAGGCUUUGAUUUAAAAGAAGAUUACUUCUUUUUCUCCCUUUUUAGAAUUUUUAAUCCUUUUUGCUCAAAGUAGUCAGUAACCUCAAAAGAGGCACAUGGUGCUUCAGUUAUGCUAACUCAGGAGUAAGGGGCCUGUAGGCUUUCACUAAUUGCUAACUACAACUCCCAUCAUCCCUGACUAUUGGUCAUGCUGGCUAGGACUGAUGGGAGAUGCAGUCCAAUAACACCUGGAGGCCACAGGUUCCCCACCCCUGCUUUAGCAACCUAAGCUAAUUUACUUUACUGACAUGUUGCUGUGAGAGGCAAACAUUUGGGACUAUCACACCCCCAGUCUUAUGGAGCUAUCUUGAUUGUUGUGGACGAAAGUUAAAAUCCAGUGAAGUGUUCUCAUUUGACUUUGUGAGUGAGAGAAGUGAUCUUCAUUGAUUCAUCAGGAGGCAGCUAAGACCAAACCGUGUCUAGGUGAAAUAGUCCUGUUAGCAUUAGUGUCUCUUUCCCAAGUGUAAGUAGGUAAUUCAGUAAAUUGACCCUUCAGUCAUAUAGAAAGUUUAUUAUAAUUCAACGGUCCCUUCCAUUGUUUAAUCCACCUUCUACCUUUCUUAAAUGUCUAUAUUUUCUAAGUAACCUUUUGAAUGUUUUUGAAAGUUCAACAUGAGUUGGUGCUUUUUGCUUAAAGACAUCUGAGUCUAUGAUACUGCACUGAUACAUACAGUAUAGCACUAGCAGCAGCAUUUCAAGUAUAUUACUUAUUGAAUCUAAUUACAGUUUAUAGGCAAAAGUAACUAUUUCCAUAAACUCCACAAUACUUACAGCCUUGCCUAACAGAAUGCAUCUGUGUGUGUCUGUGUGAGCAGAGAAAGUAAUUAUUUGCAUAGUCUGCUGUUCUACCUACAGAGGUGAUCACAUGUUGACUAAUAGCUCUCCAGGGCAAGCGCUGCAAUUCAUUACAGCACAGCUUUAUUGCUCAGCCAGGUUUCUGAUAUGAAGGCUCUUCCUGCACCAUUUCUCCUUACAGAGCCUACGUGUACUUUUUGACUAGGAGUAUGCUCUUAAAUCCUUAAUUUAUUAUAAUCUCAUUUCAAGUGUGUCUUGCCCAAACUCCCUGAUUCUCCCCACUACAUACCCAAUUAUUUGGUUUUAGUUUUGGACCAAUUUAUUUUUGAUUUGGGGUUUUCUUUAUAUUAGCCUGUGUGUGUAAUAAAGGGAAGUGUGUGUGUGUGUGUGUGUGUGUGUGUGUGUGUUGUAAUGCUGCAGAAAGAUCCAUUGGCUUUCUCAUAUAGAACUUGAAGCUUCAAUACUCAAAACUUCAAUAGUAGUUCCCCACAAUGAUUUAAGAUCUGCUAAUCUCUUUAAUCCUGCCACCAGUGCACAAUAGCUAAAUUUAUGCAUUAACAUUUUUAAAAUAAAGCAUUAGGCUUUCCUCCAUCCAGCCACACCUUUAUCUUACCAGCCUAUCACUUUGCUGUGUUGCCCUCAGAACAGAGGCAACUGGGGCCUCAGUGAAUACAUACAUUUAGAGAAAGGGAAUUGAUGGCAUAGCCACUCAGAAAUGCACAUUAACUUGAAUAAUGUAAAAAUAUUAAAUGCAUUGAUUUACACUGUGUGAAUUUGAGCCCCGGGGAUGAAUAAUGUAGCUUCAAACAUACCUUGUAGCAUCUGUUUACACAAAGGCAGCCAAAGGAUUUAUAUCUCUAGUUUAGCCAAAUAAAGCAUAUUGGGCCACCUCAUUUCUGUAUAGAUGCCACUUAUAUAUUACCUUUUUAUGUAUUCAUUCUACCAUUACCAGGAAACCUAUGUAAUUGUUAAAGCCUGCAGAAGCCUUCAUUUUUCAUGUUACUUGAUAUAUUCUGUAACUGUUGUCCCACUUCAGUAAAAAUGAUUGGCCACAAAAAAUCGUUGCAUCGAAACCACAUGGCAGUAAAUCAGAUUUAUUCUUUGGACAUCUAAUAUAUAUAUAUAUAUUGAAGAGUUCAGACAAUCAUGAUGUUUCUGAGGGAAAAAUUUAAGGUCUUAGGCUUAAUAUUUUUAAGUGCUUAUAAGGAGGCAGCAUGUGAUGAGAGUUGAACUGAUGUUACCAUGUUGAGGAGACAGGUGUUUGCAUAACUAUAGUCUAGUUAAGCCACUAUAUGUAUACAGUGUUGAUCCACUUAGCUGAGACUGGUCUCCAUGAUGUUCCAUGAAUGGGGGUGAUUGGAUAAUUUUGUUUAGGCAUGCAAUAUACAGAGUCCCCUUAGCAAGUUGCUUUCCCACUUUCUCUUAUUUUCGUUUGGUGUCUAGAAUUUCAACUUUAGUUUCCUUCAUACAGCCUUUAAACCUUUCAAUAUCCAGAUGGUGCAUUUCUCAGCAAUACUUCACACCAUUAUAUGGUGCAUCUAAAACCAUCAAAUAGAUAUUAAGUGUAAAUAUUAGACUUUCGCCUUGCCUAAAAACCACUCCUGGGGAACAAUGCCUAAGACUUUUUGGUGUUUGUUAUGCUACAGAAGAAUACUCAACAUAGACAGGGUAAAAGGAAUAACCUGUGGGGCUUUUUUCCCUCAUUAGCACUGAAUUAAGGUGUUCUUUGGGGUUUUUGUUUGUUUCUUCCUGUGGGGAGGAUUGUGUCUUUCUCCAGUUUUCUCUUACUGGACAUGAAGGAUGAUGCCGUACUUCUAGUGGGUGAUUUUACAGCUGUGUGUGUGUUUACAUUGUGUUUUGGUUUUUGUUAUUCUGGAGGCUGUGAGCCCACCUUUCAAGAUGGGCUUCAAUUUCAAGUUGGUGCCAAUCAGCACCUGACUAGUAGAAAUAUAAAGUUGGGAUAUAAGUGUUUUUAGAAACUUGAACAAUUGCCACAUAAUAGAGGUGCAAUAAUUUUUAUUCCUGUUGUACCUGCAUGUUGAUGUUCAAAUACUCCUGAAAUACACUUCAUUUUUUUUUACAUAAA